AUGGGGUGCACGCAUUCUUCUCGGCGGGGCGGCGUGCCCUUCUCCAGCAGCUCGAGUGCAUGCAGCAGGAGCUUCAAAUAUGAAAAGCAGCAGCAGCAGCAGCAGCAGCAGCAGCAGCAGGCGAAGGAACCGCAGCAGCAACAGCUGCAGCAGCAGCUGCUGCAGCAGCAGCUGCUGCAGCAGCAGAGGCAGCAGCAGCUGCCGCAGUGGAGAUCCCAGCAGCAGCUGCAGCAGCAGCAGCAGCAGCAGCAGCACUGGCAGCAGCAGGGAAGGCCCAAAAGCAUACAGCUAAGGCGGGGCCGCUCUUUGCUGCAGAGCAGCCCCAGGGUUAGAAGACCUGCUGCUGCUGCUGCUGCUUUUGCUGCUGCUGCUCCUGCCUGUGCUUCUGCUGCUGCUGCUGCUCCUUUUGCUGCUGCCAGCAGCAGCAGCAACAGGAAGGCUCACAGCUGCUGCUCCCCGCAACUCGACUCCCUCAACUCCUCCAGCGACGCGGGUUCGGAGGCGUCUGCGGGCUGCCCGCUGUUUUUGUCUCUUUACCGCCAGCCCCUUUUCUCUUCGAGGUUAAAAACAAAUGCGAACUUCGACGACUUUUACAAACUCACCAACCACGUCCUCGGAACAG